CACUUCGGGAACCAGCGUGGUGUAGGGCACCUGGGACCGGGAUAUGUCCCGGGUCUGUUAAGUCGUGGUGGCCGUGUCCCUGUGUAACCUUCCAGAGGCCACAGUCCGCUGGAGGCCGCAGCCAUCGUCGCAGGAGGGCGGGCCGCUCCGCUCCGCCGGCUCUCCGCCGUGGACCACGGACAUCUCCCCUGGGAUUGCGUGUCACCAAGUGACCUUCGGCUCAGAGCGACCUCCGAGCUUGUGGGGAGCUUGUGGCAAGGAAUGCUUUGAGAACUACAACUGAUGGGAAAGCUGUCCAUGUUCCAACUGCUGUGUUUCCAAGGGUAUUAAUAUAGUUCCUGAACCAAAAUAUUCUGUCAGCCAGCCUCAUGCUUAAUGUCUUCUCACAUCUCACAGAAUUCUAAAAUCGCAUGGCAUUCUAAAGAAGCACCAUGGGCUGUGCUGCAGUUUUGACUCCAAGGUUGUGGCAAGGCUCUCUGGGAGCCAUCAGCACGCAGACUGCAGUGUGGAGACUGGCGUCUGGUGCUUCACGUCACCUCUCUCUAGCCAGCAUCAUGAAAUCCAGGAGGAAAACUGAUCACUUGGAGAGAACUGCAAGUGUCGCUCGACGGGAGGUGGUGGCCGCAGCUAAGGUGUGUGGAGUGGUGGACGAGUCACCUUCGGUGAGGAACCUCCGCUUGCUCAUUGCUGACGAAGACUUUUCCUUUAAGGCUGGCCAGUGGGUUGAUUUUUUUAUCCCAGGAGUCUCAGUGGUUGGUGGGUUUUCAAUAUGCUCCAGUCCCAGACUGCUAGAACAAGAGAGAAUUAUAGAAUUGGCAGUGAAAUAUACAAACCACCCUCCUGCACUCUGGAUUCACAAUAAGUGUACACUUGACUCUGAAGUGGCUGUGAGAGUGGGCGGAGAGUUCUUCUUCGACCCCCAGCCCACGGACACCCGUCGGAACCUCGUGCUGAUUGCCGGAGGGGUUGGGAUUAACCCCCUGCUCUCCAUCCUGCGGCACUGGGCGGACCUGCACCGAGCGCGCGCGCUGGAAGGACGCGGGGACGCGGUAGGAACGGUCCAGCUGUUCUACAGCGCGAAGGAUACCCGCGAGCUCCUGUUCAAGAAAAAUAUCCUCGAUAUAGUAAACGAAUUUCCUGAGAAGAUUGCAUGCAGUUUCCAUGUUACAAAGCAGACUACAGAAGUCAGUGCGGAACUCAAGCCAUACCUCACGGAAGGAAGAAUAACAGAGAAGGAGAUACGAGAUCACAUUUCAAGAGAGACUUUGUUCUAUAUUUGUGGCCCACCUCCAAUGACGGACUUUUUCUCCAAGCAACUGGAAAAUAGCCACAUUCCCAGAGAGCACAUUUGCUAUGAGAAAUGGUGGUAGGGAGUGGGAGCAGACACAGAAGAACCCCGAGGUUCUCUCCAGGGAAGGAGGAAGUGUCUCAUCUCCACUUGAGCUGCCUUGUGUUUGAGGCUGUGACCUAAACCAGAGGAUGCCAGGAGAAGCCGUCAGCAGACUUGCAUCAUAAACUCCUGUACAGGCCUCCCUGAUCAAGCCAUUUUUUACAAUAUUGAUUUUCUUUCAUUAAUAGCUAUUGAAUUAUCUCAUGCUAUACCACAAAUUGGUUAAUAUAGAUUUUUCUGUUGCCCUUACAGGAAAAAGAAGUAUGUGCUUACAUUUAAUUAUAGGAAAAUAUGGAGGAGGGGAGUGACCGACAGAUCAUCAUUAAAUUAUUUAACAGAAAUUCUUA